GUCAGUACAGUGUUCUUAGAGCCAGUGAUGAUGAUGAUGAUACUCCCCCACCAGUACCAGCCUAUAAUCCUAAUGGAGUACAAGAAUACUCUGAACUGAAGAGAGAGGGAGAGAAUAAGGGUCGACAGGCUCUGUCUACUGGUGCUACUGGACUAUAUUCAACCAUUAAUAAAAACACCAACAACCAGGUGUUAGUUGAUGAAUCAGCUCAUAAGCCAGUGUAUGCUGAUCUGGCUAUUGCUGCUAAAGGGAAGAGACCACAGGCAGCACCAACACAAGAACAACCAGUGGUAUAUGCAUCAGUUAACAACAAAUCUGUUCCUCCUCCCAUUCCUUCUCCAGCUGCUCCUCAUAAAGUAUUGUAUGCUGAUCUAUCAAUAGCAGCUGGUACGAGAACACCAAAGAAUAAACCACCCACUGAGGAAAGAGUAGUCCAUGUAGCAGUCAAUGGAAAUAGGAAGUCCACUACUCAAGAGCUGAUCAUGGAUAGGUUAGGUGGUCUGGAUAUUCCUCCUCCAAUACCACCAAAACCAAAACCUUGAAACCAA